UCAUCACCACCAUCUUCAUCAUCAUCACCACCACCAUCAUCAUCAUCAUCAUCAUCAUCAUCAUCAAUACAAAACAAAAUAACUCCCUCCCCAAUACAAUUACAUAUUUACAACGCUCAUGAAAUAAUUAAUUGGCCAACUAAAAAAUACUGA